UAUCGCAGCGAUGUGGCUGCUCUCUUCCACCUACUGCUUUCCCGACAAGAGUGGUGUUGAGACCGGCCCCAAAGGGCGUGCCUCCAAGACGCCAGCCUCCAACAAGACUGCCUCCAAGACGCCUGCUUCCAACACCGUAAAGGGUCGCGAGAGCGUAGUCCAGCUGGACGUCGAAAGCAACACACACCCGUUAGGUUCUGCGUUCGCUGGCGGAAUUAAGUACAGAGACGAGUCGGACCUGGAGGAGGAAGGCGUGCAGCAGCGGCGCCUGGAGCGGCUGCUGGUCUACACGGAGACCCACACGGACGAAGAGCUGCGCACGCACGACGUCAUGCUGGCCAAGGUCGGGCCCACCGGCUUCCAGUUCAACGAAUACGUGCAGCCCAUCCGUUUCACCAACCAGCGGCGUUUCGAGUACAUUCGUGUGAUGACGUGCAUCGUUAUCGGUUACGGUGAUGAGAAGGUCGAGACAAUAACGAUGGCCAACGUGUUGGAGAAAUGCCCAAACGCCAUAGCUGACAACAUCGUCUGCGUCGAUGAGGUCAGGUGGCCGUGCAUGGGCGACGCGGGCGCGCCCCUCGUGUGCCAGAACAUGCUGGUCGGCACCCUGAGGCAGGAGGGCCUGCUGCCCGACGACAGGUGCGACGAGUACAGCGACCACAGCCUGCAGAACUUCACCUUCGUCGGCUACUACCGCGACUGGAUCGUGGAGCACGCGCCCGUCAGGUUCGGCGUGUGGCGCAGCCGCUCCCCGGGCCUCCUCGCCUGGGCCACGUCGGGACACCUCGCCGCCUCUUACGCCGCGGUGCUUCUGCUGGACCUCUGGAUGUACAUGUGCUCGAAAUAAAUCCACUCUCUAUGGGACUCCA